AUGUUCACUCCGACCUGCACCACCAUCUCAGCUCGACCUGACCGAUCAGCAGGAGCUAGUUACAAUGGCACCGGAGCAUUCGUGAUCCAGCCCGCCCCGAAGCGUGGCAAACAUUGCAUUGACCAUGAUGUUACUAAGCAUCGCAGGCGACCGAUAAACGGAUUUUUAUCUGAACUUCUUUCAAUGCCUCUCGAAGUCCUGCUAUUCGAGGCGAUUCGCGCUCAAUUGCUUUCACCUUCUGCGAAGACAGUCUGGAUGACAUCACGCAGGACUACAAACGAUCCGUCCAUCCCAGACCCGCCCAGCGACUUUAUCUCAGAGUUCCAGUGGGCAAUUCUGCUCUUCGGCGGGUCCUACUGCACUGAUUGUGGACUCCAAGGUAUUCGUAUUGUCGAUUUUGGAAUCUUAAGGCGUCUCUUGAUACCGGAAACCACGUUCAUCAAGAUCUUCCCCGAUAUUUGUCCAGCAGUGAUGCAAGGCCUGCCAUUUUCCCGAGUUGGUGGUUGGGAUCGGGGACAUUCUUCGGCAAAAAAGCGCUACUAUCAUCGCGAAGAUAUUAUGAAUGUCACACGCAAAUUCAGUUUUCUGUUAGGUAAUGACUCGAAUAGUGCUGACUCUGACACCGGCGGCGAGCCUGUGUCACAGGAGUGGGAAUUAAGGAAGACUCAAAUAUUCAACUACAUGAAUCAGAGAGUCGAGGUUUAUGAACAAUGGCAGACCAGCGUUAUUGAAAUCAACUCUAGCAAAGCUCAGAGGUUGAGAGACGCUAGAUUUACUAGCAUCAAGACCAGACUGACCGAGCUCGGAUAUCACGAGCGUGACAUUGAACAUCCUCGUGUCCGGCGUCACAAGAUGGUGAACACCCGUACUCGGCUUACCGAGCAGGCUUGGGUAAAGAUGCUCCCUACGCUCCAGCCCAUCUUGGUUGACCUCGAGCGCACACGUCGCACUCAGACUCGAUAUAUGCGCAUAUACACUUUCGACUGCUACUAUCGCUCUCUGCUGCGAGACCUCAUACCGAUGCAGUCACUCUAUAUGCCGAAUCCUCAGACUGCUCAGGCAUUCCCACUGAUUCAGGGAAUCAUCGAGCAUGACCUUGAUGAUACAAACUACUCAGGGUUGUUCGCAUCUAUCACACACGACCUGUUCGAUCAUAUGAGUCAGUGGAUGCAGAUGAGGAAACAGUCCCUUCUCCUGAUGUUGCCAGAUCAUUUGCAAUAUGACAAUGGGCCUGUUCUGCCACUGAAACUUCGAGAUACCGAGUUACAUGUCGCACAUCAGUAUGCAUCUUCCGCGACGAAUAGCGGACUGGAUGAUGCUCGAGCUGUUUUCGUGCAGGGUGAUGGUGCUUCUGGUGCAUUUAUUGGCUGCGAAGUCGCCCAGGCCUGGAAGGCGGACUCGAGCAUGCCUCUCAUAUUCUCUGGAAACGGUUGUGUGGCAGUCGAAGCCAUCAUCGACGUCCUGAACCCCGGAAACAACGGGGAUGCACAAUACCGAGUACCAGCUUUUGAGCUCGAUCGAUUGGAUAAACUCUAUGUCGUGUGUGAUCAUUGCCGGCGCCUUGACCGUUUAAAGGGCAAUGAGCAUACGUUUGCCUACUCUUGGAGGGCUAGCAUUGACCAUUUCUUGGAACCUGCGUUGAAAAAUUUGCAUCCAUACCCUUCUUGGAGCCUCGUGAAUGAAGACAAGCUACCGUCCCACGUCACCGGACCUCGGAGCAGCCGUGAACAUCCGGGUGCCUUUGAUUUAUGUUGGAGUUGCAACCAGUGUUCUCAGUAUGUGAACGACUAUCCGUUUGGCGCUACUCGGGCUGUAGUGGCCGAUCAUGUUGCUUCGAUUCACGGAGUGCCUUGCCAAGAUAUAAGAGACAAUGAUGACCUCUUCUACCGGCCGCAGAUCGGCAAACAGAGGCCCCGUCUUAGACCAUUCGCCAUUCCUCUGAAUGAGUAA